AUGGUAGACUCCCCUCGCAAAAAAUCGCGAUCGCGCUCACCGCGGCGUGGUGCUGCCAAGGGCUUCCGAUGGAAGGAGAAGCGGCCGUCGAACCAGGACAACGCCGAGGGGAGGGAUCGCGGCCUGGAUCGCGGCUACCGCAACCGCUCGCCGCGCCGGGACAGGGAUCGCGAGAGGAACCGGGAUCGCGACCAGGGCCGAGAGGGAGACAGGACCGGAGAGCGGGAGCGGGAGGGAGAGCGACGACCGCGACGGGAUGGCGACAGAGACGGGACCAAGGGCGGGGAGCGAGAGCGAGGGGGAGAGCGACGAGCCGGACGAGAUGGAACCAAAGACAGGGAACCCGGCCGCAGCACGCCAUCGUCAUCAUCUAAACCCCGCGCGCCCAAGGACGAGGGUAGCGGUAGCAGCACCAAGAGACAGGCGGCGGCCCCAAUGUCGGCAAUCAUCGUCGUACACGUCAAUGACCGGCUGGGAACCAAGGCCGCUAUACCUUGCCUUCCGUCCGACACGAUACGGGAAUUCAAGCUCAUGGUCGCGGCACGCAUAGGUCGCGAACCCCACGAAAUUCUAUUGAAACGGCAGGGCGAGCGGCCUUUCAAAGACCAGCUGAGCCUGGAGGACUACGGGGUUGGAAACGGCGUGCAGCUGGACUUGGAGGUCGAUACCGGCGAUUGA